GUUACUUCAUUUCGAUCCAGGAUUUAAGGAACUGAGUCGAGUUCAGGCAGGCACUGGCACAAUUUCAUUGUUUGCUCAUGGGCUUGGCAUGGACAUCAUUAAGAUCGGAUUUCAACGCUGUACUAAUCGUAAAUCCAGGAUUAGCCAUGUCUGUGACUCACUCAGAUGGAGAGCAGCCUCAGCGUAAGAUCUUCCAUCAAUGGUGUGCCCUGAAGAAGGACGAAGGGCCGUGCAAGGCCUUAAAGGACAGAUUCUACUUCGACAUGGAGAUGUUCCGCUGCGAGCCGUUCGAGUACGGAGGCUGUCAGGGCAACGAGAACAAUUUCGAGACCAUUGAAGAAUGUGAAGAAAUGUGUCUAGUGAAAACCAGUAAGAGUCCGUGUCAUCUAGGGGACGAGCCGGGCCCUUGCCGAGCCGUCGUACCUCGCUACUUCUUUGACAGCAAGGUGAACGAGUGCAGAUGCUUCUUCUACGGCGGCUGCUUCGGAAAUGCGAACAACUUCAAGACCCUUAAGGAAUGCAAGGACCGAUGCCAGCGUAAUGACACUGAGGAACCGCAGAACAGUCCGAUGGCUGAAGAGAAGAUAGAAUCGUACGGCCAGCCGAUCGUUCUAAGCGACGUUCACACCGAGAUUGCGUCUCACACACAGCCUCUGAAGCUGCCGAUGCCGGAGUCCAGCACGGAAACAGUAUUCGUUGCUCCCGAUUACUGUCAGAGUUUUUUGGACAAGGGCGAAUGUGGCGGCAUGGAGAGGAGAUUUUUCUACAACCCCAGAACUAGCCGCUGUCACGCCUUCCACUACAGCGGCUGCGGAGGAAACAAGAACAACUUUGUCCACAAGAGGAUGUGCAUGAAAACCUGCAUGAAAGAUUACAGGAGAAACGGCAGAAUACGAAUAAAGACCAAGAACUCCAACAUCUUAUUCCGCUCCAUCUGAGUCCCCUGAAUCCCGUCCGUACAUUUUCUGUUUACUGUGUAAUAUUAGUAUUAUAUAGAUCCAUAUCAAGUACGUACUUUAUUAUCCUAUGCUGUGUAUGUGUAUAUUUUUAGUAAUACUUAACAGCCAUUUAAAACGUAACCUUAAGUGCCUUUUUUUAUUCCAAUAUUCAACAUUUUUCUGCAUAGAUUUGAGAUUUUUUUGUUGUUCAUUUCAAAAGGUUGAGUUCAAAUCCCAGGACUGUCAGAGAGCCAACAUUGAGCACUGAGCCAUCAGUCACAGCUUUUAAGCCUUAUGUGGAUUAAAGCAUCUCAUAAACGAUAACCGCGUAUAGGGACAAACAUCAGGUUUUAGAGUGAAGCCAAAACGUCACUGACGCCCUCUGUUGGCUGGCUGCAGUACAGGAUUUAGCCCCGCCCAUUUCCUAGGAAGUAAGUGCCGUAAAAAAAAAUGUAGUGAGAAAGCAAUAAGAUAAAACGAACCAACCUGUAUAGCAACGCCCGGAGAGAACUCUGCUACAUUGCAUGUUACAUACUGUAACAUGAUUGGUUAGUGUUAGUUCAUAGAACUGGACACGAAUCUGGGGUUAACAUGUCUGAUAGAUCUUUGUUGAUAAAGAAUUCUGUGGUCGAGCACGUCAUGGCAAUCCAAAAAGAAAGCACGCCUCUUUAUUUUAAGAUGACGAUAGAUACACGCUCGAACUAAGACACGUAAAGCUCACACAGCUUCUGACUAUCUCUUAUGAUCGAUGACACUAUGAGCAGAACCCCCCCCACCCCCCCGCUUUCUUCUGACCACUGAGAAGACAUUUUGGUACGCUUUGAAAUUUUGCACUCUGAAAGCGAACAGGUCCAAGAAGAAAAUGCAAGUCUGAUAAAACUGUCGUCCCUUUUCUUAACUUUCUGUAAGUUAUUUGGUGAUUAAAAACAACUCGGUUGACUGAGAUUUUUGUGGAGACGACACUGUCUGGACUUCCAACACACACCUGAGGCCCAGCUUUGGCUUAAAAACAAAGUGAUAACUAACUAUUGACUGUAAGUUAACUUUGAAUAAAUUUCCUAUCCUGAUGAAUAACCUACAGCAGGCCUCAGAGGUCCGGAGAGCAUCGUGUGCAGAAAUAUAUUGUUUUAAGUAUAAAUAUCGACUACUGUUUAUUAGUAUAUUUUCAUUACGUCAGCUUCUUAUAGUUACAAAUCUGCGACUAGCUUGAUGGAUUAGCUAACAUCCACUAACUAGCUAAAAUCUAGCUUCAGUUUUGACCUGUGCAAACUCGGUCAAGGUUGGAAAAUUUAAACCGAGCCAGAUUUAAAGCUAAAGAACUUUACUAUUACUAGAACAAUUACUCAUCGAUACAGUCAUUGCUAUGAAAUGAAUCGGUGUAGAUUUCAGAAGUAUACCUGCGGUGUAAACGUGAACACAACGUGAAUGUGCACAAGCUACACCGCUUUAUUCUCUAUUCACUGUUUCUGUGUACUGUAUAUAUAGUAUAUUUGUUUUACUUACUUAUGGUCAAAUAAAAAAAUGGUGUGGUC